CAAGCCACAACCUUUUUUUUUUCUACUCUCUUUAUCUAAUCUAAUUGAAAUUCAAAUCUCUCCUUAAACUCCUAUUGCUUCCAUUUCCUCAACUAUUUCUCUCUUUGUCAUUUACCACCCAUUCUCUAGGUCCUAUGGGUACAUGUUUGAGCAAGAAGAAUGGGUCCUCAACCUCACCCAACAAGUCAGUUUCUCAGCAUAGGAAUUCUGAGAACAGUGUCAUUGUCACCUUGUCCAAACCCACUGAGCCAGAACUGAGCCUCAAGAACAAGACACCACAAGAUGAAGUGAAGAAAGAGAUAUUCAUCAUCAAACCAAGGAAUAGCCAUGAUGAUAGAGAAAAAACAACAACAACAUCAAAAACCCAACCUUUCAUUGCUCAGUCACCAGCACCAAAACAAGGUGAUGGGGUUUUCAUGACCAAUGAAGAAACAAUGGUUGUUAACAAGACCAUUGCACCAUCCACACCAAGCAUUGGUAUUGUGGGAGUGAGGACUUCAAGCUGCACUAAAGAAGAGGUGGAUGCAAUUCUGAUCCAGUGUGGGAGGCUCAGCAGAAGCUCUUCUGGGAGAAAGUACUCUGGCUCCAAGAGAAGUUUUGAUUUUGACCACUGUGAUAAUGACACUACUUCUGCUGAGGAUGACCAAAGAAAGUCCAAGGGCAAUGGCAAUGGCAGGGAGGAGAAUGAUGUGGCGGCGGAGAGCUGCCGCCACCGCCAGUCCCCGAGGCGGUCGUCUCAGGGAAGGAGAAGGACUCCAAGUAGGGAAAGAGACCAAUCCAAUGGCAGAGAAAGGAGAGUGAGUAGAUCUCCUGGUAGAAGAUCAUCUGACACCACCAAUACUACAAAUGCAAGCAACAACAACAACAACACAAGUUCUAGGCCUGGGAAAAUGGUGUCUGUUCCAGCCACUGUUUCAUCUUUGGUUAUGGAUAAGAGCAACAGCUGUGGUGGAGAUUCUGGCACCAAGAAGAUCACUACUGUUAAGAGGAAUGUUGGUGAUGCUGGUUCAAAGGGUGCUGCAUCACCACGUGCUCAAUCUCCUGCUAGAGUUAAUGGAAAUGUGGGAAGGGAUAAAAUGUUGAAUGAGAAUCUGCAGCAGCAGCACCAACAACAACCCUCUCUUAGCCGUAAUAACUCUUCAAGGAAAGUAGAACAAUCUCCUUACAGAAGAAACCCUCAGAGUGAGGUGGAUCAUAACUCUUCAAGAAAAGCUGAACAAUCUCCUUAUUCUAACAGCAAGGUGCAACAAAACAAGCCCAAGAUUGAAGCAGAAGCCAUUCAGAAACCAAAUGGCAGAGUUGCAUUGGAGAAGGGUGUGAGUGUGAAUUGCAAGACAAAGGAGCAACAUGAGGAAGAAGAGUCUUCAGUGCCUAUUAGUGCUGUUGUGAAGACAACAGCAGUGUCAUCAGGGGUUGACAACCUUAAACCCCAAGGCUUAACAAGAAGCAGAUCUUCUAGAAGAUCUAGAGACUUAGACACCAAUGCUACAAACUCCUAUGCCUCCCUACUACUUGAGGACAUCCAAAAUUUCCAUCAAAAGAACACACAACAACAACAACAACAACCUUCUUCUGUUUCUCUCCCAGCUUGUCUCAACAAGGUAUGCUCUAUCCUUGAAGCUGUUGCUGAUCUCAACUCCACCACCAGCUCAAAUUUCACUGAGGACAAGAGAAGUCCAUCCACUCAGCAAUCCAAUAUUAGGAAUGAUGAGUACUAUGGAAAGAAAGUGGCAGGUUCCAACAAGGACCCUUUUGUGGAAUCUGAGGUAGCUGUUAGUGAUGAUGUGAUGGAACCAAGCUUGCACAAGUAUGUGACAGUGAAAAGAGGUGGUGGUGUAGUAGUAGAAGACAUGGAGGACCAAGAGUCUUCAGGAAGCAACAGCUUCACUGUGAGUAGUAGCAGUGGCCAACAUCACUGGGGGAACAACAUUUCUUGUUCUUCAUCAUGGGAACCAAAUUCUGCUGACUCCACCGAUUGCUGGACUUCUUCAAGAUUGAGCUCCAGAGAGGAGGAGGCUCAGAAAACACCCUUAGGAUUGGGAUGUAGUUUGUCAUCUGAAGCCAAGAAGAAGAAGAAGGGUUUGAACAGCAAAAGGAGAGAGUGUGAUCAUGAACAUAGCGGUGGCAUUGGACGUGGCAGGCUUGGUUCCAAUAAAGGGGUGUGUGUGUGAUGAUGAUGAUGAUAUCAUGAUACCAUGAAUUUUCACCUUUUGUGAUGUAUGUUAGAUGUUCAAUGAGGUGUUGACAUUUCUUCUGUUUGGAGUUGCGUACUUGCAACUGUUUCUUGUUUCAGCAAGGCCAAUUCAAGUUGAUCUCUCUCAUCUUUGUCAUGUUACUUGUGCUGUUUAUGAACAAUUUGUCAUUCUUCCUAAAGUUGUGGUGUGUGGUGGUAGCAUUAUGUUUACUCUCUUCGUCUUUUCGAAUAGGCAAUUAGACAGGAAGAUUGCAAACUCAA